AUGUUUUUGGUUGUUUCAAGUAUUAUGGCCGAUACAAAUGGAGGUUCAAGCGAUUCAAGCAACAAGAAGAUAAUAUUGAUUAUAAUUGGUAUUAUAACAGCACUUAUUGUAAUAAGUUUAAUAGCAGGAAUUUUUAUGAGAGGAGGAAGUGGUUUAAGUAAAGAAGCACACAAAGAAAAAUCAAAGUUAAGUCAAAAGAGUAAAAGUAGCAAUGGUAAUUUAAAGAAUGAGAAUAAUUCAUUAGAUGAUAAGGACGUACCAGUAGAAAAUCCUAAUAUUUAUUCAGGACAAUCUAAUUCUAAACUGAUUAGCUUUGAUGGUUAUGAAAGAAUGAAUUUAAGAGGAAUGUCACCUUAUGAUGGUUCAUUUAGUGAAUUAAAGAAGAGUUCUAAUAAAUCUAAGAGUUCUAAUAAAUCAAAGACUUCUGAUAAUAAAGAGUCUAAAUUAAAGAAGAAAUCUGAAAAUAAGUCUAAAUUAAAGAAAAGUUCAGAUGAUAAGAAAUCAAAAGCUAAAAAGUCAGAAGAUAAGAAAUCUAAAUUGAAGAAGAGUUCUAAUAAGAAAUCAAAAUCUAAAAAUUCUGAUGAUAAGAAAUCAAAAUUAAGUAAGAAUAGUUCUUUAUCACCUGAAGAAAAUAAUUCAAAUUCAAAUAAUUCAACAAAGUAUGAAGAGAUGAAAUCUAAUUUAUUAAAGAAAGAUUCUAAAGACAAAUCUAAAGCUAAGAAUUCUUCUUCAGAUGAUGAGAAAGAUUCUAAAGAUAAAUCUAAAUUAUUAAGUUCUUCAGAUGUUGAUGAUAAGAAAGAUUCAAAAGACAAAUCUAAAUUAUUGAGUUCAUCUUCUGGUGAUAAGAAAGAUUCUAAAGAUAAGUCUAAAGCUAAGAGUUCAUCUUCUGAUGAUAAGAAAGAAAAGUCUAAAUUAUUAAGUUCAUCUGAUGAUGAUAAGAAAGAUUCAAAAGACAAAUCUAAAGCUAAGAGUUCAUCUUCUGAUGAUAAGAAAGAAAAGUCAAAUAAUAAGAGUAGUUCUAAGUUAAAGAAGGAUUCUAAAAGUUCUAAAUUGAAAAACUGUGAAAGGAAGAGAGAUGUUGAAUGUACAAAAUUGAAAGGUGAAGAUAAGAAAAAGGAUUCUAAAUUAAAGAAGAGUAGCAGUGGUGAGAAAUCUAAAGUUAAAAAUUCUGAUGAUAAAGAAAAUAAAAAAUCUAAAUUAAAAGAUAAGAAUAAAGAAGAGAAAGAAAAUGAAAACAAGUCAUCUUUAAGUAAUAAAACAACUUCAAAGAAUAGUUCACUUAUGCAAUCAGAACUAACUGCUAAUCCAUUUAUUGAAGUUUAA